UAGAUUCGCUCAUGGACAGCGCUCUCUUGCCGCGUUCGUCUGAGCUUCACCAGUGGCGAGACACGUGGCAGCGUCUGCGAAGCCAGCAGCAGCACGAGAUCACUGAGAAGUUGGAGGAUUUCCCAGCCCUGUUUGAAGACGUGAACGACGCAAAAGAGCGUGAAGAGCUGCUGACAUAUUUGCGCUUUGAGCUAAGCAACCAUCCCACUCACUACGUAGGAAGCACCACAUUCAACGUAACUCAAACGAAGGCGACGAUAGCAUCGAUUGCUACUUUUCCCAAUGAGAAGUAGCCUAUGACGUGGAAUUCGACAAGUUCGACGAGUUCAGUAGCGGUGCCUUUGGGUCGGUCCACCGCGGGCAGUGGAAGUACGCAGAAGUGGUGGUCAAGAAACUGAAGCUGGGGAAUGAUACACACAAGGACGCAAAUUACGGGGAUUCGUACGACGCUGAGUCUCUAAGUGCUAGCGUAAAUGCACGCAUGAGUGAAGAGGUCCAAGCCACUUUCCUGAACGAAGUGAAGAUUUGGCACCAAUUGUUCCACCCUCACGUGGUGCAAUUGUUUGGCGCGUGUCAUAUCGGGCAGCCAUUUUUCGUGUGUGAAUACGCUGGAGGCGGGCAGCUGGACGAAUAUUUGCGAAAACACAAGGAUGAAGUUUGGGUAAAACUGUACGAGGCGGCUUUGGGGUUGCGAUAUCUCCACGUGAAGCGCGUGGUUCACGGUGAUCUCAAGUGCAAUAACAUUCUGAUCGGGAGUGACGGCCUUGCCAAGUUGACCGAUUUCGGACUGAGUACGUUGAAUGCCAACGAACCUGAAAAUGUUGAGGAGAGCGCGCCAGAAGUGGGGGCUAUUCGGUGGAAGGCCCCUGAGGUGCUACGCGGUGAGAAGGCGACAUUUGCGUCCGAUGUUUACUCGUUCGGGAUGUACAUACUGGAGGCGGCGAGCGGAAAAUAUCCGUGGGAAAUGACGAUGGACCCUGUGGUUAAAUAUUAUGUUCUGAAGGAGAAGAGGAUCCCACAGCGUCCUGAGGAGUGCGGCGAAGAGCUGUACGCACUUGUGAAGCGAAUGUGCCGCUUUGAACCGACCGAAAGAGUUGAGAUGAACGAAGUCGUCGACACUCUCAAGGCAUUCUGCUGA